CCGACUACGCAACCCGGUGACACUAAUAAUGUGCCUAGGCAUCCGAUAUAUACGUGUUGAGACACAGAGUUAUAGGUCGAUCAAUGACUUCAUUAGUAACGGAUCAAAGGGGGAAGCAACUGAAGAUCCACAUUUCGUAUAGGUUACAACGCCAACGCAAUCGGACAUAAGCCACUAUAACAAGACUUUAACCCCACCUAACUCCGACCGCGGUGGUUACAUCAUAUAAAGCCAGGCUACCACCCGGCCUCACCAUGCACCAAGCUUCAAGCAACCCUCACUCAGCAUCAAUCCAACCAUCAUGAAAUACGUACGCCUCGGAACUAGCGGACUCAAAGUCUCCCCCAUCUGCGUGGGCUGCAUGAGCUUCGGCUCCCCGGGCGAGCCCUUAGAAUGGACAAUCCCGGAAGAAGAAGCCCUCCCCGUCCUCGACCACUGCUACCGGUCAGGCCUCAACUUCUACGACACAGCCAAUACGUACUCUAAUGGCGACUCGGAGGUUAUUCUCGGAAAGGCAAUCAAGCAGUACAACUGGAGCCGCGAGAGCAUCGUCAUCGCCACCAAGGUGUGGGCGCCUGUCGGACGGGGCUCGGAGAUGCCACUUUUCAUGUCCCAAGAGGAACGCGAUAACAAUGGAUAUAUAAAUCAGUACGGAUUAAGUCGGAAACAUAUCUUCGACAGCAUCGAUGCAAGCUUGAAGAGGCUCGAUCUGCCGUACGUCGACCUGCUGCAGAUCCAUCGAUUUGAUCCCAACACAUCGCCCAAGGAGACCAUGGAGGCGCUCCACGACGUUGUUAAGUCCGGAAAGGUCCGGUAUAUCGGGGCUUCGUCGAUGUUUGCGCACCAGUUGCUGGAGUACCAGUACACUGCUCGGAUGAAUGGAUGGACGGAGUUUAUCACAAUGCAGAAUCUGUACAACGCUACUUACCGCGAGGAAGAGCGGGAGAUGUUCCCUGCGCUUCAGAAGUUCGGGAUGGGCUGUAUCCCCUGGAGUCCUGUUGCUAUGGGGCUUCUAGCAAGGCCGUGGAAUAGCAACGAUACUGCUCGUGGGGAGUCCAUGAAAGGCGGCUUCAUGGGAAACCCUUUCACUGACGCGGAUAAGAAGAUUAAUGAGAAGAUUGGAGAGAUCGCUGCUAGUCGUGGGGUUUCCAUGGCUACUGUUGCACUCGCUUGGGUGUUGUCGAAGCCCUUCAUCACCUCGCCGAUUGUGGGAAUGAGCAAAAAGGAGAGAGUGGACGAGGCUGUUCAGGCUAUUGAUUUCAAGCUCAGUGAAGAGGAGAUCAAGAGUAUUGAUGAUUUGUACGAGCCCAAGAAGAUUAUGGGCCACAGCUGAAUGGGCGAAUGCAUUCAGCCCAAGGUCGGCAUAUUUCCACUCACAUCAGCGAAUGCGACCUUCAGAAGCUUGAACAUCUAUUGAGGUGAAGAUGAAAAGUCCAGGUCUAUGGCUAUGUACACGCUUUCCGGAAACCGGUGUCACCCCCUUCUACUCUUUGAUUGUCUUCCAAAUCCCAAUGCCAAGAAACACUAAACUUAGUUAGUAAUAGCUCAAAAUUAUAGUUCUGGUAAAUUUUGUACUAUACAGUACAGUCACAGACCAUCAUCAGGAUUCGUUCUAACCUACGCUUGUUCGGAAGCAUCAAAGCGCCCCCGGCCAAAUGUGGACGACCAAAAAGUAUUACGCCAAUAAUGCUGGAGUGCCCUUUGUGAUUAUCUAUUUGAAAAGCCUGAUUUAUACCUAGAUGAAUUGGAA